GUUAUCCUCGGCUCGAAAAGAUUAUCUUAGGCCAUCAAGCUUAGCCACGCCUCAGAUGUUGAAGAUGGGCCAGUUUCAAAGAUUGAGUGUAAAGUGUUUAAAAAUUUUGUCCUUUAAAUGAGUUGAGUUUUAAUUAUUUUCACUUCUAAUUUAUGGUUAGUAGGCAUAAAAACCGGGCUAUAUAACUUUUGUGCGAAAAUAUGAAUUUAUGUUGGUGGAAAAGUUAUUUACGUUUAAGGCCAAAAAUUAAAGACAACACAAAAUAGGGACAAAAGUGCAAAUGACCGUCGGGCUGGAAAUGAAAGCCCAAGAGGUAAGCAAUGGCCGGAAAGCCCAUACAACGAAGAUAACAGUAACGGCGAUAUCAGCAAUGACGGCCGAAACGUCGACGUUUCCGGUUGACCUCAUCAAAACUCGGCUUCAACUCGCCGGCGAAUCAUCCAAGCGGACAUCAGCCGUUCGAUUAGUAUCAGAGAUCUUACGAAACGACGGCGUUUUAGGACUAUACAAAGGAUUGUCACCGGCAAUUAUAAGACAUCUCUUUUACACUCCAAUUCGAAUAGUUAACUAUGAGUUUUUAAGGAAUUUUUUAGUUCCUGAUGAUCAUACUCUUUCUCUGUCAAGUAAAGCUGUAAUUGGUGGAAUAUCUGGUGUUAUUGCUCAGGUUGUGGCAAGCCCAGCUGAUCUUGUGAAAGUUAGGAUGCAAGCAGACAGUAGAAUGGCAAGUCAGGGUCUGCAACCUCGAUAUUGCGGGCCAUUUGAUGCUUUCAACAAGAUUAUCCGGACUGAAGGCUUCAAGGGACUUUGGAAGGGUGUGCUCCCAAAUGUCCAGAGAGCUUUUUUAGUUAACAUGGGAGAAUUGGCUUGCUAUGAUCAUGCAAAGCGCUUUGUUAUCAAUAACAACAUAGCGAAUGAUAAUAUUUAUGCACACACGUUAUCAUCUAUAAUGUCAGGUCUGUCAGCAACUACAUUGAGUUGUCCAGCAGAUGUGAUUAAGACAAGAAUGAUGAAUCAGGCUGCUGAUAAGCAAGGGAAUUGUAAAUAUAGAAACUCCUUUGAUUGUCUUGUCAAAACUGUUAGAGUUGAAGGACUCAAAGCAUUAUGGAAGGGAUUCUUUCCUACAUGGGCAAGGCUCGGCCCUUGGCAAUUCGUAUUCUGGGUAUCAUAUGAGAAAUUCCGACAAAUUGCUGGUCUCUCUUCAUUUUAACCAAUUCAUCAUGCUAUGCGCUUUAUAAAACAGUGGAGCAAAGGAAAACUGGAGAGACAGAGUUCUCUACCUGGAAUUAUUCAGUAUUGGAUAAACGCACCCGGUUCCUCUACUUGAGCCAUUUAAACUAUUUGCUGUAUGUUCUUAAUCCAAAUGUUAGCUGGUCGAACUUCAAGUAUGGCUUCACGGUGCCAGGAAAAGUUGGUAUUUCUCAUAUUUGUGCGGAAGUUCAGAAACAACCAAUUGGCAGUGUCAAUAUGAAGAAGACAUCACUAUUCUUGUUCUUAAACUAAAUUGGAGGGCAAUUCGUUGGAAAAGCAAUACAUGUGUCAGUAGGGUGUUGUAAAAUUUAGUAAGAAGUGUGAUAAGAAAAUAGAUUUUGGGUCUAACUCGACCUCAUAAGAUAACUCAUAGCUCAUGAGGCGAGGAGAAACCCCAUCCCCACCUUAGACAAAAAAUAGCGAGAGGGGCCCAUUAUCCUUCGAGCUUCAAACUGUGCUUUGAGAUUUCUUGGUUAUCCAAAAGGAAUUUCCAUUUCUUGUGAUUAUGAUGGAUGAAGAAUUUUUUUGAUAAAAUAUAUUUGCUCAUGUCUUCUUUGAUGAUAUCAUCUGAUAUAUGAAUUCUAUGAUGCAAGUGAAUAAUAUUGUUUUAAUU